GGCUCGUCCCUCACCCUCCUUUGUAAGAAUUUAGUCCAGCUUUAGAGGAAUAUGAUCGUUUGGUAAUCAUCAUCAUCAUCAUCGUUGCACAGCGAAGACGAGAGCAAUGCAAGCAGCUCGUAGCUUCUAUUUUAAAAUCAAUCACAAAAAAUGUCAUCAAUCGUUGGUCUUAGUAAGGAAAUCUGAAAAAACUUGGAGUAGCUGGUUCUUUAGAAUUUGCAAGUAGUACAAGAAGCAGCUAUGAUCGUGAAGCGAUCAUGUCAUUCUUGAAUUACUUCUAACGACCCCUAUCUAGUACCUUCUCGUUACGGAAUGAUGGUCAUUGUAGAGAUUGAAUGUUUUUGCUCAUACACAUGAGGCAUGAAUGAAAUUUAGGUGGUUUGUCGUUUAUCUAGGAACUUUUUUCUCGUCGGUACGUAGAUCCAAUGUAUUCCCCACUUCUCAGUCAGGGCAUUUGCGAUGUCUCGUGAGCAAAAACCAUGUUGCACAGCUUACUGGGUGUCGCAUCAGACGACGAAUUCCUUUCGCCCUAAAAAGGUCGGAGAAAAAUACAAUAUCUCUAUAGCUCCAUCAGUAGGGGGUUCGUUUGGUCGAGCAAGCAAGAACAAUACGAAAAA